AUGAACGAACACGACCAGAUCCCGAAGCCGACCAACCGGAAGCCCAAUCGGCAGGAUAAUCGGGAUACUGGCAAAUUCUGCCGAUAUCACCAGCAGAACAGCCACAAUACCGAAGACUGCAUCAGUCUAAGGAAAAUUGUCGAGCGCCUGAUUCGGGAAGGGAAGUUGGAUCAGUACCUUGCCAGGCCGCCACAGGCCCCGGCACCGAAUGCGAAUCGGCAGAUCAACAUGAUCAACACGAUCAGCGGCGGCCCCACCCUGGCGGGACCCUCCAACCGCUGGGCAAAGCAGUAUGUGCGCGCCGCGCACUGCCCUCAGGUCUUCGGCAUAGCGGAGGAUCGGUGCCGAAAGUUGUCAAAAGUGGGAUGGGAGCCCAUCACAUUCAGUGAAGAAGAAGAGGAGGGGAUCAUCUACCCCCACGACGACCCAAUGAUCAUUCGGGCUGAGAUCGCCGAUUACGACGUGGGUCGGGUGCUGAUUGACACCGGAAGCUCGGUGAACGUGAUCUUUGCCGAUGCGUUCAAGGGACUGGGGAUUGCGGAUAGCAUGGUCAAUCGGCAAAUCACGCCUCUCCUCAGUUUCUCUGGGGAUCUGGUACAACCGGUCGGUAGCAUCAGUUUACCCAUUGCCUUCGGCAUGGCCCCCCGGAGGACCAUGACCUAUGACCAAUUCCUCAUUGUUGACUGCCCAACGGCAUACAACGUCAUCAUAGGGCGAACGGCCCUCACCAGGAUCAAAGCCCACCUAUCCACACACAUGUUGCUGAUGAAGUUCCCAACACGCAACGGUACCGGAGCCAUCCGGGGCGAUCAGCUCAGCGCACGGACGUGCUAUGCCACGGCCCUUAAGUCGGUAGCCAGCAAACCGCCAAUGGAGGCCAUGACCUUGCAGGGACUACCGAACGGUAACGAACCCAUUGACGACCCCCGGGAGGAAAACCCAACGCCAAUGGCACAGCCCGCCGAGGAACUGGAGACCAUAAUCCUGAACGAGAACUUCCCCGACCGGUGGGUGAAGAUCGGCACCAAUCUGGAACCCGACCUCCGAAGGCAGUUCAUCGACUUCUUACGGCGGCAUGCGGAAGUCUUCGCCUGGUCUUAUGACGACAUGCCCGGCAUAUCACCCGACGUCAUCAGCCACAAGCUCAGCAUCUCCCCCGCCCACAAACCAGUCAGGCAAAAGCGCCGAUCGUACGAUGCCGAACGGUAUGAGGCAAUGCGAGCCGAAGUUGGCAAGCUCAAAGCCAUCGGCUUUGUCAGGGAAGCUACGUACCCUGUUUGGCUGGCCAACUCAGUCAUGGUUCGGAAAGCCAGGGGAGGAUGGCGAAUGUGCCAGGAUUAUACCGACCUGAAUAAGGCUUGUCCGAAGGACAGUUUCCCCUUACCGAGGAUCGACCAGCUCGUCGAUGCCACCGCCGGGCACGAGCUGCUCAGCUUCAUGGACGCGUAUUCAGGGUACAACCAGAUCUUCAUGGACCCUGCCGAUCGAGAACAUACGGCAUUCAUCACGGAUCGCGGUUUGUACUGUUACAACGUCAUGCCCUUCGGCCUGAAGAACGCGGGGGGCAACUUACCAACGGCUCGUCAACCGGAUCUUCGCUAA